AUGGUUAAAAAUAAUAGUUCAACAAUCAUGAAUGGAAAUAACCAUACAAGUGAACAUAUGAUUACAUUAAAUAUACAUAUACCACACGAUAAUGUUAUUCAUUCAAUGCAAUUUGAUAUUCAAAUGUUAAUUAAUGAUAUAUGUUAUAAUAUUCAACAACAUUUACUAAUGACAAUUGAUCAUGAUCUAUCAGAAUACGGACUUUUUAUUAAUGAUGCUCAACAUUCAGUAAGAAGUUAUUGGCUUGAUCCAACAAAAACUUUGAAUUAUUAUGCUUUGAAAAAUGAAGAUCAUGUUGAGUAUAAGAAUAGAUAUCGUCCACUUAAAAUUCGCUUACUUGAUGGUACUGUUAAAACAAUUCUUAUUGAUGAUUCAUUAAUUGUUGCUCAAUUAAUGGUUUAUAUAUGUACGAAAUUUGGUAUUGCAAAUUAUGAUGAAUAUUCACUAGUUUAUGAUAUUGAUACUGAUGAUAGUAUUAAUAAUACAAAAACAGCAACUCUUCUUCGAGAUCGAUCAUUACAACGAACAGAUAAAAAAAUGGAAGAAUUAAGAAAAAAAUGUCAUACAGAUGACGAUACUUUAUGGCUUGAUCAAUCAAAAACUCUUCGUCAACAAAAUAUAGAUGAACAAUCUACAGUUAUUUUACGACGAAAAUAUUUUUUUUCUGAUACUAAUAUUGAUCAACGUGAUCCUGUACAACUUAAUUUACUCUAUGUUCAAUGUCGAAAUGCAAUUAUUGAUGGAACACAUCCAGUAACUUAUGAUGAAGCUAUUCAAUUUUCUGGUUUACAAUGUCAAAUACAAUUUGGAGAUUAUGAAGAAUCAAAACAUAAACCAGGAAUUAUUGAUAUACGAGAUUUUUUACCAAAAGAAUAUGCAAAAACAAAAAAUGUUGAAAAAAGAAUUUUCUUAGAACAUAAAAAACACAUAGGCCUAUCCGAACUUGAUGGAAAAGUUAAAUAUACACAAUUAUGUCGAUCAUUACGAACUUAUGGUGUUACAUUUUUUCUUGUAAAAGAAAAAAUGUCCGGUAAAAAUAAACUUGUACCACGUCUUCUUGGUGUAACUAAAGAUUCAGUUGUUCGUGUUGAUGAACGAACAAAAGAUUUUAUUCAAGUAUGGCCAUUGACACAUGUUAAACGAUGGACAGCAUCACCGAAUACAUUUACACUUGAUUUUGGUGAUUAUGCAAGUGCUUAUUAUUCAGUGCAAACACAUGAAGGUCAACAAAUAUCGCAAUUAAUUGCUGGUUAUAUUGAUAUUAUUUUAAAAAAGAGAAAAGAUCGAGAAGAUAAAACAGCUGGAAAUGAUAUUGUCGAUGAAGAAGCAACUAUGAUUGAAGAUAUUAUUGCACCUGGAAAAGCGACAAUUAUUGAACCAAAUUGUCCAUCAUUUGAUCAUGUACAUCAAAAAAAUGUUUAUUCACCACCCAUAAUUCGUGGAACAUUUUCAGAUAGUACAAAUCAUUCUGAUCAUCAACAGCAAGGAAAUUAUUUUUCUUCACAAAUAUAUGAACAAGCAAAAUCAUUAUCUAAUAAUCAACAUAGUAAUGAUGGUACAAUGCUUUUUUCAACAAUUGAAAAUGCUAGAAAUACUACUUAUACAGUUCAAUCACAAUUAGCACGUGAAUUACAAAUGGAACAGCAUACACAACAAACUCAAUCAUUAUCAUCUAUAAUGGAUAAUCAACAUCAGUAUUCAAUUGAAAAUCGUCUUGAUGUCAGUCGUCAAAUAUUAACUAGUGAAUUAUCAACCAUAAAUGCUUCAACAGCACAUAUUAUUAUUUUAACAUCUGAUAUAAAUAAUAAUCAUCGUCGAAAUAUUGAUUAUAAUCAUUCUCUUAGUACAGCUAUAACAACAAUAACAAAUACUUUAAAUGAAUUUUCUAAAGAAAUAAAUAUUUAUAUAAAUAUAAUUAAUGAUAAAACAAAUUUAAUUGAUCAAACACGUCGUUUAUGUAUAACAUUUAAUGACUUAUUAAUAUGUAUAAAAACAUUAUUAGAAAAUCAUUAUGAUUCAACAACAAGACAAAAUGUUCUUUUAACAGCAAGUCGUCUUGGAGAAAUAAAUCAAGAUCUUAUUCGACGUUUAACAAAUGAUUUUGAUUAUUCAAUUGAAUAUCAAGAUAAAUUAUUAUCAUUAUCAAAAUCUGUUGCUAAUACAACAGCAUUUUAUAUACUUAAAGCAAAAGAUAUUGCAACUAAUGUACAAGAACAACAAAUUGUUAAUGAAAUUAUUUCAACAGCUACACAAUGUGCAUUAGCUACGUCACAAUUAGUUGCUUGUACUAAAGUUGUUGCGGCAACAAUAUCAAGUCCUUUAUGUCAAGAACAAUUAAUUGAAUCAGCUCGUAGUGUAACACGUUCAAUAGAAGCUGUUCUUCAAUCAUGUUCACCGCCUAUUACUAUUGAAUCAUCAUAUUCUGAAUUACAAGAAGCAGGACGAAUAGUUCGUAAAACUCUCAAUGAAUUUUUACUUCAUAUUAAACUAGUUACAGAUAGUACAGCAGCUAAUUCCGAUAGAAUAAUAUCUCCUCCUAGUAUAAGUGGACAAUCAAAAUUAUUAACACAACGAAUAAUAGUACAUGAUGAAAUUGAUGAAAUCGAUGAAGAAAAUGAAGAAAAAUAUCUUGAUGAAUCAAUUGAUCAAAUAUUAAUUGCAAGUGAUCGUCUUUUUUCAUCGGUUGGUGAUACAGCUGAAAUGGUUAAACAAGCUAAAAUUUUAGCACAAGCAACAGCUCAACUUGUUUCUUCAUUACGACAACAAGCUGAAACUGUUGAUGAUGAUACAAAUCAACAAAAGAAAUUUUUAUCAACUGCUAAAAUGCUUGCAGAUGCAACAGCAAAAAUGGUUGAAUCAGCUAAAGCUUGUGCAACAAAACCAAAUGAUACACAACUUCAAUAUCAAUUAAAAAGAUCUGUUGAAGAACUUCGUUUAGCAACAAAUAUGGCAACAAGUAAUCAUAUUAAACGAAAAGUAUUUAAACGUGUUGAACAAUGUGCUAAAUAUUGUGCUUCAUAUGCAACACAAUGUAUUGCUGCAACAUCAAGUACAGCUAUGAUGCAUAAACAUCAUCAAUCACAUCAAGAGCUUAUUCAACAAUGUAAAAUUGUUGCUGAUAUCAUACCAAAACUUGUUCAAUGCAUUCGUUCUAGUAUAAUUAAACCAGAUUCAUAUGCAUUUCAAAAUAAUUUAUGUCACACAUGUGAAGAUUUUCUUAGUCCAGCAAUGCAUUUAACGAAUCUUAUUAAAAAUGUUGUACCAAUUGUUCAUGAUCAAGUUCAAUCGCUUCAUUUAACUAAUACUUCAAAGCAAUUAACUCAAGCUUUAAAUGAUCUACGAAUUUGUCUUAAUCGAGCGCAAGAAUUAUGUAAUUCAAUACCAUUAGAUAUUGAAUCAAUUGUUGAAACAAUUAGAUUACUUGAAACAGAAUUGAAAGAUAUAAAACGACAAGCAAAUGAUGGAAAUUUAAAAAUAAAAUGUGAUGAAACGAUCGAUGUAUAUUCAUUACAAUUUACUACAAUUUGUAAACAACUGAAUGCAAUCAUAUCUCAACUAAUCAAUUCUGUUAAUCAAAACGACGAAAAAACUAUGGAACUAUCUAUACAUGAUACUCUUCAAAACCUUCGUAUAUUAAUCAUUUGUACAUGUAGUAUAAUAGCAAUAUCAAAUGAUCGGCAAAUUCAAGAAUCAAUUAUGGCACGUUUACAUGAUAUUCUUCAACGUUUUAUUCAUUUUAUAUGUGAAGCUAAGAAAUCUAUACAAACAACACCAAAUGAACAAAAUAAACUUUCUAACAUAGGACAUGAUCUUUCAUCAGCAUUAAACUCUUGUAUAUCUAAUGUAACAUCACAACGUUAUCUUAAUGAAGCUAUUAAACAUAUGUCUGAAUAUGUUUAUACAUUAGCGGGUCCAUUUGAUCGAAAACUUCCUGAAUCAUCAACAACUUCUGACGAUAUAAGUCGUUCAGCAGCUAUGCUUAAUCAAGCAACACAUGAUUUAGUUAUAAGUACACAUACAGGUGGUACACAAGAUUUAGCUAAAACAUCAGCACAUUUUAGUCAUGCAUUUGGAGAAUUUAUUGAUAAUGGUAUUGAUUUUAUAAAUUAUCAACAAGAAGAUGAAAAACGAUCACGUUUAAUAAUAUCAUUAAAAAAUGUUCAUACAUCAUCAAAUCAAUUAUUAGAACAUGCAAAAUCGAUGUCUGUUGAACCAACUACAAAUGAAAAUGAUAUAAAAAAUCAAUUAGCUAACGCAGCAAGAGCAGUUACUGAAACUAUAAAUGAUGUUAUCACAGCAUGUCUCGUAUCAAAAUCAACAAUAACUAUUGAACAUAUUGAAUGUGAUAAUGCAAUACGAGAAAUGGAAACAUCGAAAACUUUAUUACAACAACCUAUUUUACAACCUUGUGCCAAUUAUACAUAUUUUGAAGCAUUAGAUAGUGUUGUAGAAAAUUCUAAACGUUUAGGAGAAGCUAUGACACAUAUUGCUAGUGCUUCAAAAAAUACAAAUCAUCAAUUAUUUAUACAAGCUGUUCAUGAUGCAUCAAAAGCUGUAUGUCGCUUAAUUGAAUCAUCAGCUCAAGCAAGUUAUCUUAUCGGUGUUUCGGAUGUAACAUCAACAAAAGGAACGGACGCUAUUGUUGAUCAAAUAUUAUUCAAUAGAUUUGUUACAGCUAUUCGAAAUGCAUGUUCGGAUUUAUCAAAUCCAUCAAUAGAUCAAAAUGAUAUUUUAACGUUAGCAGCAACAAUUGCUAAGAAUACAUCAGCUCUAUGUAAUGUUGCACGUGAAGCAUCAUCCAAUACAAAUAAUCCAAUGGCUCGACGACAUUUUGUACAAUCAGCUAAAGAUGUAGCAAAUGCAACAGCUGAACUUGUUCGAACAAUUAAAAUAUUGGAUAGUUCAUAUACAGCAGAAAAUCAUCGACAUUGUAUUGAUACAAGUCGUCCGUUGGUUCAAGCUAUUGAUGAACUGUAUACAUAUGCUAUGUUGAAAGAAUUCGCUAGUAUACCACCAACGAUUAGUUCUGCUGGGCGUCAAUUACAAGAACCAAUUUUAUUAGCUGCUAGAAAUGUAGUUGAUGGUGCAUGUCGUAUUAUUGAAUGUUCAAAAGCAUUAAUAGUUAAUUCGAAAGAAGCAUCAUUAUGGCAACAACUUGCUACACAUACAAAGAGUGUAUCAGAAGCAAUUAAACGUUUGGCAACAUCUGUUAAAGAAAUGACACCUGGCCAACAAGAAUGUGAACGAGCAGUUGAUGAACUUCGAAAACUUUUUCAAGAAGUUGAUAAAGCUAUUAUAAACGUGGAUUCAUUACGUAAAGCAGAUAAAUCGCUUCAGUUUCAUCAAGAACAAAUUUCAUCAAGUUCACAUUUUCUAACUGAACUCAUUAAUAAUAUACGUCAAUCAUCCAAAUGUGAACCUGAAUGUAUUAGUUCAUAUGUUUCUCAAUUUAUAACAUAUUUAGAACCAUUUAUUCAUCAUACAAUUCAUUAUGUAUCAUAUAUGAUAUAUAGAAAUGAAAAGAUUCAUUUAUUAGAACAAAUAAAAUCUCUUGUUGAAACAAGUUUACAAUUAAUUUUUAGUACAAAAGAAUCAGGUGGAAAUAUAAAAAAUUUACAAUGGCAUAAAAUAAUUGAUAAUAAUAGUGAUUUAUUAAUAAAAUUAAUAUAUAAAUUAAUUCAUACAAUUGAAGAACAAUCAUCAUCAAUUGGUAUAAUGAAUGGUUUAUGUGAAAAUGUACGUAAAUUAAUUUCAACAUUAGAUACAACAAAAAUAACACAUCAAGGUCAUUUUAUUGAUUAUCAAAUUCGAAUGAUUGAAAUUUUACAACAAAUGAUUAUAACAAUAGAACAAAUACAUACUUCAGAUAAUAUUCGUCAUUUAGCUAAUCAAUUAACACGACAAUAUAAUGAAUUAAUAAAUAUAACAUAUGGUGCUAUUGGUACGGCCAAUACAAAUGAUUUAUCAAUACAUAUUAAAAAUAUUGUUCAAGAUUUAGGUUUAAUAUCAAUUGAAUUAAUUGAUAAAUUAGGACAAAAUAAUUCAAGAAAUGACUUAGAUAUUUUAUGUAAAAGAAUUAUUGAAAAAAUUUCUUAUGUUGUCACUGUUUUACAAGGAAGCGCACAUGCUAUUUUAAAAACAGCUAAAGCACUUGUUGAAGAUACAAAAACAUUAGUUGCUGGCGCAGCAUCAUCACAAGAACAAUUGGCUUCAGCAGCUCAAGCAGCUGUACGAACAAUAACCAAGUUAGCUGCAGUUGUUAAAUUAGGUGCACUAUCAUUAGGUGCUGAUGAUGGUGAAGCACAAAUAAUGCUUAUAAAUAGUGUUAAAGAUGUUGCUUUUGCAUUAAAUAAUUUAAUAAAUGUAACAAAAUUAGCUAGCGGAAAAAAUAUUGUUGAUCCUGAAAUGCAAAAAUUAAAAGAAAGUGCAAAAGUUAUGGUAACUAAUGUUACAUCAUUAUUACGUACAGUUAAAAAUGUUGAAGAUAAAUCACAACAUGGAACACAUGCACUUGAAUGUACUAUUGAAUCCAUAGCACAAGAGCUUCAAACUUUUAAUAAUGGACAAUUAUCAACAAAUCGAACAACACCUGAAGAAUUAGUUCAUGUGACAAAACAAAUUACAAUAGCAACAUCAAAAGCUGUAUCAGCUGGACAAUCAUGUCAACAGGAUGAUAUUAUAGGUGCAGUUAAUUUUGGUCGUAAAUCAAUAAUUGAUCUUUUAAUUAUUUGUAAAUCAACUAUUUAUUUAACUGAUGAUAAACAUUUACAACAACGUACAUUAGAUAAUGGUCGAAUAUGUGUUCAAAAUUAUAAAGAAUUAUUAGAAACUAUUCAAAUAUUAAUUCAAAAUCCAUCUAAUGAACAUAAACAAAAAUUACUUAAUUAUUCAAGAAUAAUUAUGCAAUCAACACAAGAACUUGUUCAAUGUGCAGAAAAAUUUAAAAGUCAUGAUGGCCUCUUAUCUUGUCGACAAUUUUUACCAGCACCAGAAUUCAUUGUUAUUGGUCCUAUUCUUGAAGACGAAGCUGUCAAAAUUCAUCAAACAUUUUGGUCUCAAUUAAAUCAACAUAACAAUCUGCAAUAG